UCCUUAAACCCUAAACCAGUAAAACCCUUUCCUUUCCCCUCUCUCUUUGAUCACCGACUCUCCGAGUCACAGACCAGUGACAGUCCCAUUUUCCAUUGGUGGAUCCGACCCUGCUGGACCGCAAACUAUGUCUGCCUCGAUGCUUAUGGAGCGUCCGAGACAGUUCUCCAAGCUUCUCUGCAGGCUCAUUCUAACCCGACCCAUGGGCGGCGGGCCUCGGACCUUCCCGGGCGGCGUCAGCAAGUGGAAAUGGAAGCGCAUGCACGAAAAGCGAGCCAAAGAGAAAGAGAAACGCCUUUUAGACCAAGAGAAACAGUUAUACGAGGCCCGCCUCCGCUCCAAAAUUCGGGCCAAAGUCGCCGGAAAGCCCGACCCGUUUUCGGGCACUGGAACCGGGCACAACCCGAUGAACCCGAACCAGCACCUGAAGGUACUUGCCGAUCGGUUCAUGAAGGAAGGCGCAGAAGAUUUGUGGAACGAAAAGGACGGGCCGAUUGUUGAACCGCCCCCGUCGGUUCGACCGGACGGAACGACGAGAUCGAUUGCGCCGCCGCCACUGGACCUGAGAAAGCUGAUAUCGAAAGGUCGUGAUUUGGCGGGAAAGAGGGACAGUGUAAAUUUGAGUAAUUUGGGUGGCAAUUAUGUUGGGAGCAGGAACUACUCGGCGCAGAGUCGAGGGCGAUUUCGGAGAAAUGAUAGUUCUUCCGACGACUCGGAUUUUGAUUCGGACGGUGAGUCCGUACAGCCGUUUUCGAAUGAGAAUUCGAAAUUUGGGAGAAAUGUGAUGAGAUUUGGGAGUAGUGCUUCAUUGGGAAAGUAUGAUAUGAAGAUCAUUAAGAGGAGAGUGCCCCUUAAUUCACUGGAUGACGAAAAUGAUUUCCAACAGCAGGUGGAGGUGAUCCGAAGCGAGCUCAAUAAGAAAAAAGCCGUUGAAAUCGAAAGAGAGGAGAGCCAAAAGGAGGUGUCAAUUCUUAGCGAGAAGAGAUUUGAUGAGUGUGGUAUAUCUCCAUUGACAGUCAAGGCGCUCACUUCUGCCGGGUAUGUUAAAAUGACAAGGGUACAGGAGGUUGCUCUUUCUGUUUGCCUUGAAGGAAAAGAUGCGUUGGUGAAAGCUAAAACAGGCACAGGCAAAACUGCAGCUUUUUUGCUUCCUGCUAUUGAAGCAGUUGUGAAGGCUAUGGCUAGCAAUACCAAUCAACGGGUGUCUCCAGUUUUUGUUCUUAUCCUCUGUCCCACAAGAGAACUCGCAAGUCAGAUAGCUGCAGAGACAAAUGUUUUAUUGCGGUACCAUGAUGGCAUAGGUAUGCAAACACUAGUUGGAGGCACGCGAUUCAAAGAAGACCAGAAAUGUCUAGAAUCAAAUCCAUGCCAGAUAAUAGUUGCAACCCCUGGCAGGUUGCUAGACCACAUUGAGAAUAAAUCAGGCUUGUCUGUGCGGUUGAUGGGACUGAAAAUGCUAAUACUCGAUGAAGCGGGCUACUUACUAGACCUAGGAUUUCGAAAGGAUAUAGAGAAAAUUGUUGACUGUUUGCCUCGUCGAAGGCAGUCCUUGCUCUUUACUGCAACACUUCCAAAAGAGGUUCGCCGAGUAUCACAGCUUGUUUUGCAAAAGGACCAUAUUUUCGUUGACACAGUGGGUUUAGGUUCUGUUGAAACUCAUGCUAAGGUUAAGCAGUCAUGUUUUGUUGUGCAACAUGAAUUACAUUUCCAAAUAGUGCACCAGCUUCUGAUGGAACAUAUCUCUGAGUCACCUGAUUAUAAGGUUAUUGUUUUCUGUACAACUGGAAUGGUAACAUCCCUCCUCUAUCAUGUUCUCCAUGAAAUGAAAAUGAAUGUCAAGGAGAUACAUUCUAGGAAGCCUCAACUCUAUCGAACUCGCAUCUCUGAGGAAUUCAGGGUAUCGAAACGACUGAUUCUUGUUACCUCUGAUGUAUCGGCACGUGGAAUGAACUAUCCUGAUGUGACCUUGGUCAUUCAGGUAGGUAUUCCUUCUGACCGGGAACAAUAUAUAAAUCGUCUUGGAAGAACAGGAAGGGAAGGCAAAGAAGGACGAGGCAUAUUGUUACUUGCACCAUGGGAGGAGUAUUUUCUGGAUGAAUUAAAAGAUUUGCCUUUGGAAAAAUUUCCUUCGCUGCAAUUGGAUCGGGAUACUAAGCUUAAGAUUGACGAUUCGAUGACCAAGAUUGACACUAGCAUCAAAGAAGCGGCAUUUCAUGCGUGGCUUGGGUAUUAUAACUCGAUCAGGGAAACGGGCAGGGAUAAGACCACACUUGUCGAGCAAGCCAACAAAUUUUGUGAGUCAAUUGGUUUGCAAAAACCUCCUUCUCUCUUUAGAAAGACAGCCUUGAAGAUGGGUUUGAAAGACAUACCUGGCAUAAGAAUACGAAAGUAGGGCGUAAUUUGGGACACGGAAAAGCAACCUGGUGAUUGAGCGGCGGGAACGGAAUGACAAGAAGUCAAGGAUCUUCAUCGAAUUCUCGUUUAACGGCGGUAAAACAGGUUCACCCAGUUCAAGUUGUUAUUUCACAUGAAAAUUGUCUUAGGUGAAUGCCUGGUAUAGAACUGGUGUGAGGUCUGUAUUGUAAACAUUUGAAUUAUAAUGUAAAGCCGCAUUUUCUUCCUAUA